AUGGCCGCCUCUAUUCCACUACAAUAUUCGUCCAAGGGAUGCUCAUCGACGGUGAAAAGUGGGCCUGUGAAGCUUGCGUUCGCGGUCACCAGAGCCGCUGGCAGAUCUCCUCGUUCCACCUCGGUGGGCUCCCUGAAGCCGAUUGCGCCGCGUCCUGUGCCGUCGUCCACGGGCGGUGGUAGCAGUAGUGGUGGCGCAGGAAUCAGGCGCGACUCCCACUCUCCUCCGACAGGGGACUAUGGCGAUCAUCGCCCUCGAUCCACCAUCUCCGCGAGCCCGCCACCACCACUACCUCCAUCAUCCCAGCUGUACCAGCAGCAGCAGGCACAGGGCCACGGUCUCAUCCCCGGUACCCCCGGCAGCAGUCCCAUCUACCUGCCUGGCACCAGCACCAGCACCAGCACCGUCUACCCGUCCCCAUCAUACUGCACGAUAAGUGACAUUCCCAGCUCGCUGAGCAUGGUCAACCCGCUCGACUUCGAGAACGGAGUCGGGGUGUCCUUCGUAGACAGCGCGUCCGCCGCCGCGAUCUACGCUCUCGAAGACCUGGACGUCAAUUCUCUGCCCGCGGACGUCUUCCAGGGCGAUUGGUCGUGGUUAUCGUUAUCGGAGGAGGCGGCCCUCCGGGACGAGGUAUAA